CAAUUAUUCCCACCAUUUACUCGGACUAUUAGUGAGAGGGAUUUUUUUUCCAGGGCGUUGAUGUAGCCUCGUGCAUUUCUUAGGUGUAAAAACAGUCAAUUCGUUAUCUACGUAUUCACCAUUGUAACGCUAUUGUAACCUUCAAAUAUCGAAAGAACUCGGUUUUUGUUAUUCCAAGGGCGUAUUUGCGGCUCUAGUUAAGGAAUAUUGUGGCAUUCUUGAUUAACAGUUCCAGCGGUGGUCUGAUCACGGAUAAACAACGCGUAAUUGCAUAGUUUAUCGGAAAUUUAACACUGGCUGCAUCGACGGUUAGUGUCGAUAUUUGAGGUUAUGAUGCCGCGUUCGGAGGGGGGGUGGAGCUUGUCAACCGAAGACUGUACUUAGCAGUACUUUAGAUUUCCGCUCCGCCGGUUGCUGUCAGGACAUUCGAGUGAGAAUUCGAAUGAAACGGUACAAAUGGCAGCGAUCGAUAAGGUCAAAAUAAUCGUUGUCGGAGAUUCUGGUGUUGGAAAAACUUCGCUGACUCAUUUAAUAUGCCAUCAACAAACGAUAGGGAAUCCGUCAUGGACAGUAGGAUGUUCAGUUGAAGUGAAACUGCACGAGUACAAAGAAGGCACUCCGAAUCAACGAAGAUACUUUAUAGAGUUGUGGGACAUCGGCGGUAGUCAGAAUCACCAAAAUACUAGAUCUGUGUUUUACAAUCCAACAAAUGGUAUUAUCUUGGUUCACGAUUUGACCAAUAGAAAGUCGCAGCAGAAUCUCCAGAAGUGGCUUCAGGAAGUUUUAAACAAGGACGGCAAUCAUUCCAAGUCUAAAUCCUUCGACGACUUUGAUCCCGAACAGUUCGUCGGCUCGACACAAAUACCAAUUUUGGUAAUUGGAACAAAGUUUGAUCUGGCGGCAGAAGUGAGGUCAAGUGUUCAUAGACGUUCAUCUACAAUUGCUGAGGAAUGUGGAGCGGAUGAAAUAUUCUUGGAUUGUCAUCAAGUCAGAUCCUUGGCUGCGGGUUCGAGUUCUUCGGUGAAGCUGAGCAGAUUUUUCGACAAAGUUAUCGAAAGACGGUAUUACUCAGCAAGAGAAGGAAUCAGUCCAGACAAGCGAAGACUACCAGUAUACUCUUCGCAGUAUAGCCCAAAAUUUUAUCACAAUGACUGAACGAAAACCUCCACGUUAUAUCUAAUGUAAUAUAUUUCACCUUACUCUUUUUUGUCCCCUAUCUUACGGGAAUCCAAAAAAUGAAAAAAAAAAUAA